GCGGGUGUGGGUCCUGUUCCUGCCUUGCUCAACCUGGGAUGUCCAAGCGUGAUUCACACCUGCGCCUGUCUCCAGACAGUCUCCCAUGGAAAGGGUGACCUGGUGCCCCCUUGGCAACUGCUAUUUCCAAGCUGCCAACAUUGCUUCUGCACUAGCAACACUUUAACCUUAGGGGAAAGGCUGUGGUGAAUUUCUGGAAAGUGAAUAGGAAGUUGCUUUUUGAGGCAGCCGGACACUAAGGGGAGGCAGCAAGACUAUAAGAAGAGUGGGUUGGCCAGAAGCAAGAAAGCCAGCCUGGUCGCAGAGGACAUGGCUAGCUGUCUAAAAGCCACCUGGAAGCCAAGACUUUGGAGUGUGGUCCUCGGAGCUACUCAACUUCUCUGGUUCAGUGCCUUGAUCUCUGAGCUUACAAACCAGAAAGAAGUGGCAGCCUGGACCUAUAAUUACAGCAUCAAAGCAUACUCCUGGAAUAACUCACGGGCAUUCUGUCAGAAGCACUUCACAGACUUAGUGGCCAUCCAGAAUAAGAAUGAGAUUGAGUACCUCAAUGAUGUCAUACCAUACUUCAGCUCUUACUACUGGAUUGGGAUCCGAAAGAUCAAUAAUAAGUGGACCUGGGUGGGAACCAAGAAGAUUCUCACAGAGGAGGCCGAGAACUGGGCUGACCAUGAGCCCAACAACAAGAGGAACAAUCAAGACUGUGUGGAGAUCUACAUCAAGAGGGAGUUGGCCCCUGGAAAGUGGAAUGAUGAGCCUUGCGGGAAAAGAAAGCGGGCCCUGUGCUACACAGCCUCCUGCCAGGACAUGUCCUGCAGCAAGCAAGGGGAGUGCAUCGAGACUAUCGGGAACUACACCUGCUCCUGCUACCCCGGGUUCUAUGGGCCAGAGUGUGAACACGUCAGAGAAUGUGGAGAAUUUGACCUCCCUCAACAUGUGCUCAUGAACUGCAGUCACCCUCUGGGAGACUUCUCUUUCAACUCACAGUGUACCUUCCACUGUGCUGAAGGGUACAAAAUGAACGGACCCAGAAAACUGGAAUGUUUGGCUUCUGGAGUCUGGACAAAUAAGCCUCCAGAGUGUGUAGCUGUUCAGUGCCAGCACCUGGAAGCCCCCAUCAAUGGAACCGUGGACUGUGUGCACCCACUUGCUGCCUUUGCAUAUGGCUCUAGCUGUAAAUUUGAGUGCCAAACUGGAUAUCAAGCAAGGGGAUCCGACACACUCCAGUGCAUUGGCUCUGGCCAGUGGACUGCACCACUGCCAACCUGUGAAGCCAUUGCAUGUAAACCACUGGAGAGCCCCAUCCAUGGAAGCAUGGAUUGCUCCUCGUCCUCAAUAGCAUUUGGGUACAACACCAACUGCACCUUCCAUUGUGCAGAGGGCUUCAUGCUGAAGGGAACUGAUGUCAUUCAGUGUGCUGACUUGGGACAGUGGACAGCACCAGCCCCAGUCUGUCAAGCUUUGCAGUGCCAGGAUUUUCCAGUUCCAAGUAAAGCCCAGAUGACCUGCUCAGACUCUUUUGGUACCUUUAAGUACCAGUCAGUCUGCAGCUUUUCCUGUGACGAAGGCUCACUCCUAGUAGGAGCAAGUUCAAUAAGGUGUUUGGCUACUGGACACUGGAGUGGAGUUCCUCCGGAAUGCCAAGCCAUCACCUGCACACCUCUGCUCAGCCCUCAGAAUGGAACCAUGACCUGUAUCCAGCCUCUUGGGGGUUCUAGUUACAAAUCCACGUGCCAGUUCAUCUGUGAUGAGGGAUUUUAUUUAUCUGGACCUGAAAGAUUGGAUUGUUCUCCAUCUGGACAUUGGACAGGCACCCUGCCCACAUGUGAAGCCAUCAAGUGCUCAGAAAUCUUUGCUCCAGAGCAAGGCAGCAUGGAUUGCACUCAUGACCAUGGAGAAUUCAAUGUUGGCUCCACCUGUAACUUCUCCUGUAACAAGAACUUUAAGCUAGAGGGAUUAAGAAGCGUGGAGUGCAUAGCUUCUGGAAGAUGGUCAGCGCCUCCACCAAUCUGUGAAGGUGUGACAUCAAUUCCUACGGCAGAGUUGCGAUGUCCCACUCUCGCUACUCCUGAGCAGGGAACUAUGUCCUGUAGACACCACCUGGGAAACUUUGGUUUGAAUACGGCUUGCUACUUUGGGUGUAAGACUGGAUUCACACUCGUAGGAGCCAAUGCGCUCCAAUGCAGGCCUUCAGGACAAUGGACAGCAGUAACUCCAGCCUGCAGAGCCAUCAAGUGCUCAGAACUGCACAUUGACACACCGAUAGUGAUGAACUGUUCUAAUCCCUGGGGAAAUUUUAGCUAUGGAUCAACCUGCACCUUCCAGUGUCCAGAGGGACAGUUACUGAAUGGCACUGCAAAUGUAGCAUGCCAAGAAAAUGGGCACUGGUCAGCUGCCUUGCCAACCUGCCAAGCAGGUCCACUGACAAUCCAGGAAGCUCUGACUUACUUGGGUGGAGCAGUGGCUUCUACAACAGGUCUGGCCGUGGGCUGGACCCUACUGGCUCUGCUAAGAAAGCGUCUCAGAAGAAAAGAUGAUGGAAAAUGCCCCUUGAACCCUCACAGCCACCUGGGAACAUAUGGAGUCUUUACCAAUGCUGCAUAUGACCCGAGCCCUUAAGAGACCUGUCCAUCUGGUCACUUGUUCAUUCUCUCAGGAUUUUGCAUGUGGACAUCAAGCUUCCUGCUGGGUUUGACUUUACUCCACUGCAUCUGCUGCGGUUUUCUGUAAAUACUUGUGAAUAAAGGACAUGGAUUCUUCUUUAGAAUAGCUUUGGACCAGUGCUAAAGAGACUGUGUACAUUCCCACCUCUCCACCCACUUCUUCCUGCUCCACCCCUCACCUUCCUCUAACCACAAGUCUCAAAAGCAGGAAAAAAUGUUUCUGCUGUGGUCUGAGGCUUUGACCUUGCUGUCGCUGAAAACACCAGUUAGCCAAAGGCACUGGAGCAUCUGACUCACCAGAAGACCAGACUGUGGAGAACUCAAAAUGACGCUUUAUUUGGGGUUUGAAAAGUGGCACUCUCUACAUUGUUGGAAGGCAGGCACACCUCUAACUUAAGGGAACUCCUGUUGGAUCUCAUGGGUCUCCAGGGUUUGUUCUCCAUGAGGUUGCUUAGACCUCUGCUGCUGUGACUUCCACAAAAGCUUCCAGACGGUACCAGAGUCCACAGAAGAUCAAGAACAGAGCCAGGAGGCCAUAUCCGACUGCAGACAUUCCCUUCACCAGAGCACCCAAAGACCAAUGUUUGAAUGUAUAAUUAAAGACUCCUGCAAAUACUACAUUCUUCUAUUUGCUGUUUUGGCCAGUAAGGUCUUUCUUACCAGUAACAUGAUUCACAGUUACAAUCAUCCCAAUAGCAGCUGGUCCUUUCUACAAGCCAGCAAAUAUUUGUCAAAUACCCCCUGCUUCAAGAGAAAAAUCAGAGAAGCAGAGAAAGUCUUCAUCCCCUUACUGUUCUGCAGGGAAGAACAGAUAUGUUUUACAUGUUAUUUAAUUCACCUAUUUAAUAAAUAAAUAUCACCUAAAUAAUAAAUAAAUAUAUU